GAGUAAUGCAGUCGUUAUUGCCGUCAGUGUGCAACAAUGGUCAUCGUGUUUGUGUAGGGCGCGUGUAUGUCGCGUUUCUUCGAAGAAUGUAGGAGUCAAAGAAUGUCACCGCGUUAAUGCACUGGGAGCGGUGCCGAAAUCAUGCUCAGGGACGGAGUUGCACUUCAAAAAUUUUCCAGAUCCCCCCGGAUUAGCUCCUCACGACUUAGUCUGAGCAGUGACGAAGGAUUUGACGUUGGAGAAGGAGACAGUUUACUUGAGAAGGACGCUGCCAGCCGCCAUUGCAAAACGAGGGCCAUGAGCUGCUGCGAUUGCUUAUCAUCAGCUCUCCAAAGUUGCUGUCGAACCAUCACCAUGGGCUGCUGCAGGGCACACGAGUACCAACCGAGGACGGUGUUCUUGGGAAGGUCACCGUCGGAGAAGUUUCCUCCAAACAAGAUAUGCAACCAGAAAUACAACAUCUUAACGUUCCUUCCCUUGGUCUUAUUUAAUCAGUUCAAAUUUUUUUUGAACUUGUACUUUUUGGUGGUAUGUUUGUCCCAGUUCAUCCCUGACAUCAGAAUCGGAUAUCUCUACACCUACUGGGGCCCCCUGGGUUUCGUCCUGGCGGUGACCCUCAUUCGAGAGUUUAUCGACGACUGCAGACGGUAUGCUCGUGACCGUGAGGUGAACUCGCAGCAAUUUAAGAAAUUGACACCCAGCGGAGUUUGCUGCAUUCCCAGCUCGGAUAUUAAAGUUUCUGACCUCAUCAUGAUUGAAAAGAACCAAAGAGUGCCUGCAGACAUGGUGCUGCUGCAAACAACGGAAAAAAACGGCUCGUGUUUCAUUCGAACGGACCAACUGGAUGGCGAGACAGAUUGGAAGCUGAGGGUUGCCGUUGAUUCCACUCAGCGGUUAGCAAGCCCAGAGGAAAUGCUGGAGAUUGAUGCAUGUGUGUAUGCAGAAGAGCCAAAGAAAGACAUCCACUGCUUCAUAGGAAAGUUUACAAGACACGACGGUGAACCUACAGAGGAUGCACUGAACAUCGAAAACACUUUGUGGGCCAACACAGUUGUGGCUUCAGGCACUGCCAUUGGUAUUGUCAUCUAUACCGGCCGGGAAACUAGAAGUGUCAUGAACAACUCUGAAGCUCGAAGCAAGGUUGGACUGCUGGACCUGGAGAUUAAUCAGCUGACCAAAGUAUGCGUUGCUGCAGUUAUCGGUCUCGCCUUUGUCAUGAUUCUUGUCAAGGGAUUCGACGGUCCGUGGUACCGCUAUUUUUUGCGUUUCGUCCUUCUCUUCUCUUACAUUGUCCCCAUAAGCCUUCGAGUAACCUUGGACAUGGGAAAAAUGGUGUACUCGUGGAUGAUCCAGCAAGAUGCGGAAAUCCCCGGGACCGUGGUGCGGUCCACUACCAUUCCUGAAGAGAUGGGGCGGAUUGUCUAUUUGCUUUCCGACAAAACCGGCACGCUGACUCAGAACGAGAUGGUGCUGAAGAAACUGCACCUGGGUUCCGUUUCUUUUGGGUCCGAGUCGUUUGGGGACGUGGCGGAGCACCUCAGGGCUGCUCACACCCUGAGCCCCGGAUCUGGGAGCAGUGCCGGCGGCGCGGUUGGUCCCCCACAGGGUGCCCGUGUCCGCCGCAGCAUGUCGAGCCGCGUGCAAGAGGCCGUGCGCGCCAUUGCACUCUGCCACAACGUGACGCCCGUCUACGAGGAAAGUGAAGCUGCCGGCGAUGAGGAUGCCCUAGCAGCAGGACAGCCCCAGGGACGGCCCGUGUAUCAGGCUUCCAGCCCAGACGAGGUGGCCCUAGUCACUUGGACGGAAAGCGUUGGUCUCGAGCUCGUCUUCAGGGAUUUGAGCACAAUGAAAGUGCGCACUCCCCAUGGCCAGAUCUUGAGCUACACCAUCCUGCAGACCUUUUCUUUCACUUCUGAGCGGAAACGAAUGGGCAUCGUGGUCAAGGAUGAGUCCACUGGUGAGAUUUUCUUCUUUAUGAAGGGGGCUGACACUGUUAUGAGUGGCAUAGUACAAUACAAUGACUGGCUGGACGAAGAGUGUGGCAACAUGGCACGGGAGGGAUUGCGCACUUUAGUCGUGGCCAAGAAGAAUCUUACUGAGGAGCAAUACCUUGAAUUCGAGGCUCGUUACAGCCAAGCCAAAGUGUCGAUGCAAGACAGGAGCGCACGGAUGUCGGCUGUUAUUGAGACCUUGGAGCGGGAUCUCGAGCUGCUCUGCCUCACAGGUGUAGAGGACAAGCUUCAAGAUCAAGUCCGGCCCACACUGGAGCUCCUUAGGAAUGCUGGCAUCAAGGUGUGGAUGCUAACAGGAGAUAAACUGGAAACUGCCACCAGCAUCGCAAAAUCCUCUCGCUUGGUCUCGAGAUCCCAGGAGCUACACGUGUUUGAAUCGGUUUCAAACCGCACGGAGGCACGUUGCGAACUGAACAAAUUUCGUCGCAGAAAUGACUAUGCCCUGAUAAUUCGGGGUGAUGCCCUUGAGGUGUGUCUCAAGUUCUACCCUCGUGAAUUCAUGGAGCUGGCAUGCCAGUGCCCUGCUGUGGUUUGUUGCCGAUGUUCGCCUACUCAGAAGGCUGAGGUGGUGCGCCUGAUUAAGCAGUACACAGACAAGACCACUUGUGCUGUUGGGGACGGCGGCAAUGACGUGAGCAUGAUUCAGGAAGCUGAUGCCGGUAUAGGCAUUGUGGGUCGGGAAGGAAACCAAGCUUCUCUGGCUGCAGACUUCUCGGUCACCCAGUUUCACCACAUUGCACGGCUGCUGCUGGUUCAUGGACGUUACAGUUACAAACGGUCAGCUGCCCUCAGCCAGUUCGUGAUCCACAGAGGUCUUAUAAUCUCGACCAUGCAGGCAGUGUUCUCCUCAGUCUUCUAUUUUGCCUCAGUUGCACUUUAUCAAGGCUUGUUGAUGGUCGGGUAUGCUACUGUGUACACAAUGUUCCCUGUGUUCUCACUUGUGUUGGAUAAAGAUGUGUCACCUAAGAUUGCACUGACCUACCCAGAGCUCUACAAAGAACUGUCAAAGGGUCGCUCUUUGUCCUUCAAGACAUUCUUUAUCUGGGUGUUAAUAAGCAUUUAUCAGGGUGGCAUUAUUAUGUAUGGUGCAUUGUUGCUGUUCGAAGAUGAGUUCAUCCAUAUUGUGUCCAUCAGUUUCACGUCGCUGAUUUUGACGGAAUUGCUGAUGGUUGCCCUGACUAUUCGGACUUGGCACUGGCUGAUGUUUGCUGCUGAAAUGCUGAGUCUCAGCAUAUAUGUGGCCUCGCUUUUUGUUCUGAAUGAGUUCUUUGACACACAAUUCAUUCAGACACCAGCGUUCCUGUGGAAGGUGACAGUCAUUACUUUAGUGAGCUGCCUCCCACUCUACAUCCUCAAGUACCUCCACCGGAAAGUCGCGCCACCCAGCUACUCAAAGCUCACGUGACACCUUGAGUGCAACCAGGACUUUGAGGAAGGCCAGCGAUGUGCUGUGCUUUCUCUGGGCAUUACCACGCCAGUGCUUUAAUUCUUCGCUGUUUUCUUUCCGCCCUGCCAAAUCGUUUGCCGCAUUUUAUGACUACGGGGAUCAUGUGCAAGAACUGCGGAGUGGACUGCGUAAAAAGCACCGGAGAAUUUGUCUUCGCGUUGCGAGCAUAGUCCCUGCAUGAGCAAUCUUCUUUCGUUUUGAUGUGCAGAUGCAUCAUUUACCAGGACUGCGUUGUGACUUCUUAAUGUCGUGAAGAUGUUUAGGUGAUACAUUUUCUAUAUGUAUUGAGCUGUUCUAAAGGGAGUUUGAAUCUAUGCCACAUUUUAUGUAAUAAAGUAAUACAGUGAUCUGGCA